UCUGCCUCCUUCCUUUCCCUCCCCUGCGUCCUAUUUUAUGUCGAAACAGAAACAAAAACAAAAACACAGCAUUCUUCUUUGCUCCGCUCAAGGAGGAGAGGCAACGCUAAUUGUAAAUGAUCGCGAACAAUAAGCGAGGCGGCGUCUCCUCUGUGACUGCGGAGAACAAGACAGACGCCGCCACGGUGCCAUGUCCAAAGCCAGCGUGAAAACUCAACUAAUGUGACGUGGAAAAGAGGACAAAAGGCGCCACAGAGCCGCCUGGAGCGCAACACCUCUGCCAGAUUUCAUACCGAUUACGCAGAUCACUAUUGCAUUACAUUUGGGUCCUGCAAUUAUUCGGUGGAUUUUACGCAAUUAGUGUUUUAUUGUGGUGGGGGUUUUUUUUUUGUUACUCGACGUACGACACGCGCCAUUUGAGUGGCCGUGACGUGAACGUGACAAUGUCGUCAUCCAAAUGUGAUAGGCGGGCAUGCAGAUUAGAAAUUGCGAAUAAAAACAAGCAUCCUUUACUUUUGGAACACAACGUCAUUUUUAAUCUGACAAGAACAAAAUGUUUAUUCGAGCCGAGCAAGUAGAAAACAACCUUCUCUUUUUAGUGAUGCUAAAAUACACACUUAUACAUGAAAUAAACAUUUUGGGGCAUUUUGUGGAAAAUCGCAUAGACUUUCCAAAAGAAUAUAUGAAAUGUUAAAGGUUUUUUACGAAUAGUAUCCUAAAUAUUUGAACCCUUUUGACACGAAUAAAACACUGCGAAUAUGUUUCGGUUUGUAAUAUAAGUAUAUGUGGCCCAUAAUAUAAUAAAGGAAAUGCCUAAAGAAAAAGAAAUGACUUUUGGCUUUCCCCUGACCUAUUUAGGCUAAUGAAUGUUAAAUGUACCUUUGUAAGAGUCGCAAGUUAUUUGUUUUUUUUUUUAAACAAAUUCGAAUAUCUGAGAAAAUAAAUCAGCAUCAUACAGCAUCUGAAUGAUAUAAUACUACAGUAAACGUCAUAAAUCGGAUUUAAGGACACCUGGCCUCGACUUUUCUUCUAAGGACCAGAGAGUCACAUAAGGCUGAUAGUGGGGCAGGUUUUGGUCCAUCUGUAAUUGUACUCAAUAAGGCAGGGUAUGCAAAGAAAAUAGUAUGCACAAGUAUCCCAAUGGAGUCUCACCGGGAUGUUCGUAUACUGUAUAAAAUGAACUCGGCUCUCGGAAAUGUCUACUUUCAUGGACUGGUUUCUGCGGGCGAUGUUGUUGAGUAAAGACGUCAGGAACGAAAGAAGCAAAGUGCGGUUCACACUGGAGAACGAGGCACUCUUUGAUGGAGAGAAGAAGGAACAAUGGAUGCUGCCCCUUCUUUUUUUAAGCGCGCUCGGCCCCAGAUUGAAUGCAAAUGUGCCCUCCUUUUACGCGGGGUCUUUUUCAUACACAGCUGCAAAGUCUGCAACUGGAGUUUUCACUGACAGGUCGCGUGACCCUCAUCAAGCGCCUUAAAAGCCCCCCGCCCCCUCAUUGGCCUGAAAUGUCUCCGUAGGAACCUUGUUCCAGGAAGGAUGGUGUUGUGUCAUUUAUAUUUUCAAAUGCUCCUUUUUACGCGCGUCAAAGAUGCGCGGUGGGCCGCAGUGAAGCCUUACUUUCCCAAGCCAGCUCUCCUUUCAGGGAGCACUGUGGAGAAUUGCGAGGCGGGGGACCGGGGACAAGGGGCGGCCCACGAUUCUCCUCGGUGCCCCGCCCCUUUCGCCCCCUCCGACCAGCCUGGUUCAAUAGCCGAGGAAUAGCCACGUUUGCUUCCUCAAACUUCCCUUGCUCGUUCGAUAGUAAGACAUAAUAGAUAAUAAGAAAUGAAAAAAAAAUUCUACAAUAUAAGUAUCUUCUAAUGAAUUUAUUUUGUUUUUACCGGAAAUGGGAAGAAGUUGAAACCUCUUUAAAUCCUAUAGCCCUUCACAAUUCCACAGAUAUGAUUUGAUCCGAAAGACAUGCACCAUUUCCACAGACCUUGGAAAUACCUAUAAACAUACACAUAGCACAUAUAAACCCUCAUACAUUAAUGCAUACACCCCUCCACAUACCCAAUUGUUCAUACACACAAUUGUACAUAUAUUCCCACUUCCCCCCCCCCCCCCCCCCCUCCCCCCCAUCUACCCACCAGCAUAUUUGUAUGGAUUCUUUUAAACUGGUUUCGGUAUGUUUGGACGUUGCUUUAAUUCGUCAAUCAAACUGUCCCACAAUCUACACCACAAAUUGACUCCAAAAAACACUUUUCGUGCAUGCAUGCUUGUGCUAGUGUAACGUUUGAAAGUUAUGAUGAAAGUUGUUCUUGCGGGGUUACGUCACGAUUUCAAUAUUUUCUAACUCUAUACAAUCAGUAAGAAAAUGAAUUAGAUGAUAUUUGAGUAUUUGUUGUAGCCUAUUCUAUUUGUGUAGUUAAUUGAACUGCGAUAUGAGCACAAAUGUAGCUUCUGUGUGUUGAUAUGUUCUUGAUUAUGGUUGCCAAAUGACAACAGUGCUUGGCCAUGCGUUCUUGGGGCGGGUCUCGUUGCAUUGACAUGCUAAGUGGGUGUGUCUAUAUAAAUCUGCGCGUGGUCAACUUUGUCAUUUGUGCUGCGGGGAGGGAAAUAGAUUCACUUCAAUAAAAACAGGGCAGGAAAAAAAGAAUGGUGGCGACUACUGACUGUGUGAACAAGUCCUACUCAAUCCCCGCAAAGAAGGUAUCCAAACCUCUGAUGGAGAAGAAACGAAGGGCUCGCAUUAACAAGUGUUUGGACCAGUUGAAAUGUCUUCUGGAGAGCCACUACAGCAGCACUAUUCGGAAGCGCAAACUGGAGAAGGCUGACAUCUUGGAGCUCACCGUGAGACAUUUGAAGCACCUUCAGAAAUCUCAGGCCUUUCCUUCCGUGCGUGGGGAGCUCUCCGACUACCACCAAGGCUUCCACAGCUGCCUGGCCAACUUCAACCACUACUUACUGAUGGCUGACACAGUGACCGAGCGAGGACGCCUGAAGUUGGCAUUGCUACGAGGAAAACUGGUGGAGAUGUUCAGGACCACGGACAGCGGCCCAGCCCACGCUGAGACGCGAGAAACGGCGUGCAGAGGCGAGGACGACAACGCGACCUCUCAGAAGAUCCACGGCGCUUCUCACUUUCGCCAGAGCGGUGAAAGUGAGACCGAGUGGCGGAGGCCCACGCAGCAGGUGUCCACACCGCGUGGGCUGGUCGCUGCCCCCACGAUAAAUGCUCGGGAAAAACGAGCCACUCAAAGGAAACGUCACUCCAGGAGUCUUGGUGAAGUGGGAAGCACCCAUCCCAUUAUGUGGAGACCUUGGUAGAGACGCUGAACACUUUGCCAUAUUCAUAGAAACGUUUAUGAUAUGUUAUUGCUUAUAUGUCAUAUACUUGUAGCUUCUAUUUUCUGAAUAAA